AUGAAAGACUGGACCUCACCGGUGUAUGCUUUCUUUGAUCUGAUACCCAAGAUUAUCAAGGAGAAGGGCUGGUGUGCACAUGCAUUCAAGUGCCAGGGCAAAGGUUGCAAAACAACAGUGAGGCAUUACCUUGACAAAGGCGACAAGCGCUCGACAGGAAACAUGCGUAAGCAUGUUUGUUUGUGUUGGGGAGAUGAAGUUUUGCGGGCUGCAGAUGAAGCAAAAGAUGCUGAUGAAGUUUGUAAAAAGAUUGUUGGGAGUGUCCUAAAGGGUAAAGGAAAGGUAACAUACUCUCAUCAUCAACAUAUACAUGCAGAAUCAAAAGCUGAAAUCAUUUGUUGGGUAUCGGAAAACCUGCGUCCAUUUUUGAUAGUUGAAGAUAGAGGUUUUCAGUCUCUCAUGAAAACAGGACAACCAGAGUAUUACAUACCAUCUGCUUUGACUGUCUCGCAAGACAUUCAGCUCGUUUUUGCAAGGACACGAAAAAUUAACUUCACUACUGAUGGCUGGACGUCCCCAAACCAUAGGGCCCUCAUGGCAGUAUUGGCACACUUAGAGUACAAAGGGGAACCACUGUGCUUGCUGUUAGAUAUUGUUGAAGUUCCAAAGGUAAAAUGCACUUACAAACAUUGA